CAUAAUUCUUCCUACGAACAUGGGAAUUCCAGAGGAAGAGGCCGAGCUCGCCCAAGAGAUGGUGCAUUACUUGACGCAUGACGUCAUGACGCUGCUGCGGAAGGCGAAGAGUCAACUGGAGGAUGCUGAGCGACGAUGGACGCGAAUGGAGGCCCUCGAGGAAGCCACGGGCAAGUCGAUGAAAGCCAACGUGAAGAUCGACGGUCACCUCGUCGUUGAGGCAGACAUAGAGGUCAACUUGCGUCGGGGAUACCUUGUCAACUCAAAGUUACAUCAAGCAUGCGUGCUGGACCAAAUGCUAGAAUUCCAUCGAGUUCUGCAGCUUCAGUACCGCCGAAUGGAGCAAGUUGCAAGCGCGCUGAGGAAACAAUUAUCCUUGAUCCAAGGCGGCACUGACCACGCUCCGUUGCUGCAACAGAUUGCACCGUUGGUGUCCGAAAUCGUCGCAGAGCUCGGUGCCAUUUCCCGCGAGCUGCGGACUGGCGGCAACGCCGUGCGCCUUCCCAGCACUCGGCGGUUUCCGUACUCAAGCCAACUCGAUCAUCAUUUCGUCCCACCAUUGCCCUCCGACAUGCUCGUGGACUUUUCCGUGCAUCAAGCCCGACUGGUGGGGGACUCCCAUCUCUUCCCGCCUUCAAUAGUCACGUGAUGGAGGCAGGUCAUUGAGGCUUUCAUCGUGGCGCCGUCGACCAAGCCUGUCGGCGACAUCCUGUCUGGGGAUACCAAGAAAGAAUUUGCCGGACAAGUCACAGUGUUCCGUGGCCAGGCAGUCGAAAUCCUCAAGCAGACGAGUGUGGCUGUCGACCUGCCUGGUCUAGACGACAUGCUGUCCGUGGCUGAUGCGCAGGUCGCGCGCAUGCUGCACGUUCGGGACCAAGGGGGGGCGCUGAUGCAGUGUGGCGUGCCAUCAUAAACAAGCCUUUAACGUCCCUUUCUCCAUGGCCAAGAAUGUAUUGCAAAUGCGUGCACCACGGCCUACCACCACCCGUGCCAAUACAGCACACUGCCUUCACGCAAAUCCAACUGAUUGUGCUUGCGAAUCGCUUAAACGAUGGACCCGAACAGGUCCAGCGUGCAGUUCCAGUUGCCGACUACACUCGCUGUAGCAUAACCAGGUACAAGGCCAACGGGGUUUACUUGGCUGUCGUAUGCAGAAAGAUGCAGUUGUCGCCAAAUUUGCACGUCCCGGUCUUGAAUUGGUUACACGGUCUCGUUGGUUUCUUGAUGGCCUGGUGGGGCUUGGAGUUCUUGUUGUCGUGGCUAAACGAGCACAUAUCGCCGCGAAAGCACGUGCCGCGCAUAAAGUCGUAGCAUACUCGGACAGCUUCGUGGAAGUGCUCCUUCUUCGUUCGUUUUCGCAUGAGGUGCCACUUGCCGAGCUUGUGCUCGGCGAGCUGUUCCGCGCUGGUAAAGUCCUUGGCGCACAGUUUGCAGCUUGUGCGCUGGGUGGUCGUCCCGACGACGUCGUUGUGGGCAUCGGAAGCCUUGUGUGUCUGAAAAUCGUCCAAGUCUUUGCCGACAAACCCGCACGGUUUGCAUGCAAACGGGACCUUACCGACGAUCUUUGGCGGCGGAGCCACUUCGGUUUGUGACGUAUUGAUCCUUCGAUUGCUUUGAAAGGCUUGCGCUUUCGGUAGAAGCUCGGAAGGCAAUGCCGGCACCUUUUCAUUUUGAUAUGCGGACAAGCUGAGGAUUGCAGGACCGUCAUGUGUUCUUUUGGCCUCGUCAUCGUUUUCGUCAUCAUUGACGGAGUCAUCGGAGCUGUCGUCGUCGCUCGACGAUGAAUUCAACUGCGCCUCAAGUGCCUUGAUCUUGUCUUCAAGGUCAUCAUCGCUUUCCUUCUUGGCAACUACAAAUGGAAGGUCGGCAGAUUGUUGCAUGCGCUUUGCGAUGGGCACCUCGGCGCCGGUUUGCCGCCGCCGUUUCUCGACCAUGGCGC